AUGCGAGUCCUCCUCUUGGGCACUCUGCUCAUAACGGGGCUGACACAGCUCUGUCAGGGCAGUGCGGCACAGGGCAGUGCGCCACCGGACUCGACCCCUGGAGGACGGCCUGGAGCAGCGAUGGAAGCGUAUCAGCGUAAAGAGGUCUGCCACUGGCCCUGCAGAUGCCCCGCUCAGAAGCCCGCUUGUCCCCCUGGCGUGAGCUUGGUGAGGGACGGCUGUGGGUGCUGCAAAAUCUGUGCCAGGCAACCAGGAGACAUCUGUAACGAAGCCGAGAUCUGUGACCCACACAAAGGCCUGUACUGUGACUACUCGGGGGACAAGCCUAGGUACGAGAUAGGCGUGUGUGCAUAUCUCGUGGCUGUUGGAUGUGAGUUCAACAGGGUCCAUUAUCAGAAUGGCCAAGCGUUUCAGCCCCACCCGCUGUUCAGCUGCCUCUGUGUGAGUGGGGCCAUUGGAUGCACGCCCCUCUUCAUCCCCAAGCUGGCUGGCAGCAACUGUUCUGCAGCUAAAGGAAGAAGGAAGAGUGAUCCCUCAAACUGUGGCGGGGGACCCCUGCACUACUCAGCGGGCUACAAGACAAUGCCAGCUUAUAGGAAUCCCCCACUUACUUGGAAGAAAAAAUGUCUCGUGCAAGCAACAAAGUGGACUCCCUGCUCCAGAACGUGCGGAAUGGGGAUUUCUAACCGGGUCACCAACGAAAAUGGCAACUGUGAACUGAGAAAGGAGAGGAGGCUGUGCUACAUUCAGCCGUGCGGCAGGAGUGCAUCCAAGGCAGUGAAGAUCCCCAGAGGAGAAACAUGUCAACCCACUUUCCAGCUCCCCAAAGCUGAAAAAUUUGUUUUUUCUGGAUGCUCAAGUACUCAGAGUUACAGACCCACUUUCUGUGGAAUAUGCCUGGACAAGAGAUGCUGUGUCCCCAACAAGUCUAAAAUGAUUACUGUUAGGUUCGACUGCCCCAGCGAAGGGUCGUUUAAGUGGCGGAUGCUGUGGGUCACGUCUUGUGUGUGCCAGAGGGACUGCAGAAAACCAGGAGAUCUAUUUUCUGAGCUCAGGAUUCUAUAG